UUUUGAGAUAAAAAAACAUCCUGUCAGUGGUUGGUCGUUAAUGACCCCCGAAGCGAGAGUAGAUCGCUGGUGUGUUGGUUGCUCUGCGGAGUAUUUCGUUACUCAAAUAAAACGAAAUUCACUAACAUUUCCAAACUCAGACGACGCUGGUUUGUUCACGAUGGCUGAAGGCGACAACAAAAGGACAAAUACGUUAGCUCAGGAAACGGCCCAGCUGGAGGAGUAUUUGCAGGGAUGGGGUGAAGUGAUUCUAGUUGGAGAUCGUGUCCUGCGCUGGGAAAAGCUUUGGUUCCCUGGAGCCCUGAUUGGUGCCACCACUGUCCUCUUCCUGCUGAUUUACUACUUGGACCCAUCAGUGCUGACUGGGCUCUCAUGCACUGUCAUGUUGGUCUGCCUGGCUCACUACCUGGUGCCCACCCUCGCACCCAGAGUAUUUGGCUCCAAUAAGUGGACAACUGAGCAGCAGCAGCAUUUCCAUGAGAUUUGCGGUAACCUGGUGAAGACCCAGCAUCGGGCCGUGGGCUGGUGGAAACGUUUCGGUACCCUCAAGGAGGAGAGGCCCAAAAUGUACCUUGCCUCAGCGAUCGGCAGCUUGCUGAUGGUGGCCUGGAUUGGACAGCAGGUGCACAACCUGUUCCUCACCUACCUGAUUGUGAGCUUCCUGCUGCUGCUGCCUGGCCUGAACCAGCAUGGCGUCAUCACCAAGUACGCUGGCAUGGCCAAAAGGGAGAUCAACAAACUGAUCAAACACAAGGAGAAGAAGAACGAGUAGAUGAAAGUGUGGAUGAAGAGGGGAAUGUCUGAAAGAUGAACCACAACACAAAAUGGAAGUUGUUUGAAGAAAAUAGAGGAGAGCAGAAUGAAAUUCUCCUUUGUCUCUGCCACAGAGCAAGGCCACGCUUAUUAUUGUCACACAUUGGUUGGUUUAAAUUCUCCCUCCCACUCAUCCUCCAACUCUUUAUUUUAAUUUCAUCACCCACAUGAGCUUUUUUUCUUCUUAGAUUUGCCAUCAGCGUACCCACCAAAAUAAGGUUAUCUGAUACUGUUGCACAUACAUACACAGUACUUAGAUGUUGAGCAGCACACCCACGCAUGCUUCCCAGCCAUGUUCACAUUUAAAAUUUUCCUUCAGUUUCUAAAUGUUUCAUUUUAAGAUGUCAGUGAUACUUUUAAGCCAUUCUUGCUACUUAGACAAAGUGACUACUGAACAGUUUUUGUAACAUUACUGCAUCAUUUUAACAACUUAUGAAUUCCUCACAAUAGUAGUGGUUUUUUUUGUUUUGUUUUUUUGUUUUUGUGAAAAUGUUUUUUCUGUUUCAGUUGUAUUUAAGAAUAGUGCUGAAAACAAAACUGGAUUUAAAGCAGAGCAUGUCAAGAGCCAGACUGUUCCCAGAAUCAAGCCUACUGCUGCUAGUUGGACUCUAGUCUGUUAGCGCUUACAUUAAAACCCUGCAGUGUUACUGAUGUAGGGUGUUUCUGUGUAAAUAGGCCUGUCUCUCACUGUCCUGUCACUCUUCAAUUUCUCUGUCCUUGUUUAUCUGUAUUCCUUCCUUCUCAGUCUCUUGAUGUCUAGUCUGAUUGUCACCAUUGACCUCAUUUCAACAUUUGUCUUUAUUGAAGAUCUUUAUGAAAGUGAAUAAAGUUUGCUUUAAAUGAAUGUUUACCAGCCUUUUUUUUUUAAGACUACCACUCUUAUUAAACAGCUGAAACACUUUAUGGCCUUGAUUGUUGCAAGCCUAAAAGUGAAGAUUUUUGCCUGAGUGGUCUAGAGGAAAGGUCAUGAAAAUUUAAAACUGCAGAUAUGUACUCGGUAAAUUUCUUGGUAAUCUGUCUUUAGCCUGGCCACCACUCCUGAGGUGGCAAUAUUCAAAUCACAUUUUGUAAUAUCAGUGGAUCAAAUUCCUGUGAGUAAUGCGAGUCGUGUCACUGAUGGUGAUGACUACAGAGAAUGUCAAUAACUCUACUGUUAACAUGUUAAAUGAAGCACAUUUAAGUUUGAGCUAAACCUGUGUGUGUAAUUAAUAAAACUAUAAGUGUGAUCUUUCUGAAAUAUCAAAGUUGUUGGACUUGAUUGAGUUUCUCUAUGUAUUGAAUGCUUAAAAAAAAAGAUAUUUGAGUAUUUUUAUCAUUUUCAUGUGAUUGCCUACUUUGUAUGUGUAUCCGCAGACUUAACCCCAGUCGUGCCCAUCAAUUAAAGCAGUAUAAUGGC